UAGCGGAAUCGGACGACUAUGGGUCGAGUUCAUAACUAGUUUAAGACGUCGUUCUGGUCUUCGCCUCCAGACGCUGCUCGCUCGGCUCAGACAUGCAGAAAGUUGUUCUUGUAACCGGCGCGAACAGCGGCAUUGGUCUUGCCCUGUGUGAAAGGCUGCUGAACGAGGACAUCCAGCUCCGGCUGUGUCUGGCCUGCAGGAACAUGCAGCGGGCCGAGGCCGCCCGAUCCGCUCUGCUGACCUCUCACCCCGACGCACAUGUGGAUUUACUGCACCUCGACGUGGGCUCUGUGCAGUCAGUGCUCACUGCUGCUCAGGAGAUCACAGCCAGAUACAACAGAAUUGACUUUCUAUAUCUAAAUGCGGGAAUUAUGCCCAAUCCACAAGUAGAUGUCAAAGCUUUGUUCAAGGGUCUGUUCUCCAGGAACAUCAUCAACAUGUUUGCGACAGCGGAGGGUCUCUUGACCCAACAGGACCAGCUCAACUCAGACGGCCUGCAGGAGGUUUUUGCCACCAACCUCUUCGGUCAUUUUCUCCUGAUCAGAGAGCUGGAGCCUCUGCUGUGUCAGGCAGGUCACACGUCCAAGAUCGUGUGGACCUCCUCGAGUAACGCCCGCCGCUCUGCCUUCAGCAUCGAGGACAUGCAGCACAGAAAUGGGACGGAGCCCUACAGCUCCUCCAAGUACGCAUCAGACAUGCUCAGCCUGGCGCUCAACAGACACAAGAACAGCCAGGGGCUGUUCUCCUCCGUUAUAUGUCCAGGACUGGUGAUGACCAAUCUGACCUAUGGUAUUCUCCCCCCCUUCUUCUGGACCCUCAUCAUGCCCUUCAUGUGGCUGAUUAGGAUCGUCACCAACACGUUCACGCUCACGCCAUACAACGGAGCCGAGGCGCUGCACUGGUUAUUUGUACAAAACCCUGAGUCUCUGGAUCCAAGAGCAAAGUAUCACAGUUUAACUUCAGGACUUGGAACCAAUUACACUCAGCCUCGACAGAUGGACAUCGAUGAGGAAAUGUCUGAGGCCCUCUAUUCAAAACUUAUGGAACUUGAGAAAGUAGUGAGAAAGAAAGAGUGAGACAUGCUGACGAGGACGCUGAUGGACAGUACUUUAGUGAGAGUAAAUGUGAGUCGCAUACAGGGAACCGUUUGGCUUUUGACACCAUUUUGCACUUUAUGAUGAAGAACAAACAUGAUCUUACUAUUUUAAUUCUUGCAAGUUGUACCAUUGACUUGUGUUUCUUUUCUGUCUGUUGUAUUUCCUUCGUUCAUAUAUAGCCCAACGUUAGCUUCCAACUUCAGUUGUUUUCAUUUGCGCUUCAAAAAUUAUAAAAGUGGUGUUCAUUUGUGAAGAUUAUCUUGCUGAACAAAACAUGCUAUUAUCAUAAGCUUGUAUGCCUCAGUCAUUUUUUCCUUCAAUAAUCUUAAAUCCAUUGGAAAAGUCUGAUUUGGCUUUUUGGCCUACAAAAAGAAAUCCUCCCUGCGACACGAGCCUUUUUCAUAUGUGUAUAUAUAAAUAUCAGACGCAUAUGUUGUGUCUCAAUGAAGGUUAGUCAUUCACACAUCUAUGCCCUGACCUCCCACUGUCAGUAGACCAAUCACCAGCAGGAGUCUCCCCUGCUUCUUUCUGGUUGCCGUGUAGAAACCAUCGCCUGCUGCAUUUUCACCUGAUAUCUGUAUCAUGUUUCUUUGACAUCAGGCUUCAAACUUUAAUUAGCGGUUUGCGUCUGGUCGGGUUUACUGAGACCAACCGACCACCAGCACUGUCCGCUGUCAUCAGUGGCUUCCUUCACCACAAAUAAUGAAUGAUGAGGCCGUGAGAUGAAGCUUACUGCUGAGGUCUAUAAUGGAGCAGUGUCAGAAAAAAUCAGAUGUUUGAAAAGCCUUGUGUGAUACAACUCUGCCUUUCACAAUCUUAUAUGCACAGGUUUUGUUUAAUAUCCUCUAUCUGACAUUGUAAAUUCAACUGCUGUGGCAAAAGACCUUUCUGGGUGAAUGUGUUCCUCGAGCUGAGCUGUUUCUGGCGGACAUGCUCAGCUCUCACAUAAAUUUGCAAGAUAUCUUUGCCUCCUGCUUGAGAUCAA